AUGAUUUUGGCUUCAUCACAUUUGCGACUGCUUUACGCCUUUGGGCUGCUGCUUCUGUGGCCAGUGCAUUCGGCACUUGCAACAACUUUGCUGCAGCCAGAUAUAACAUGGCCCGAUGUCCGCGAUUUGGAGGUGAUACCCGAUCCUACACUCUUCGUCGCUUUGCGAGUUCAGUGGCGAACACAGCCGCGAGAUUCGCUACGCUACUUUGAGGUCACUGUACGCUGUACUGAUUCUGACAGAAAUGAUACAAAGUCAUCAACCACGGAGGCGAAAGUAGAAUAUUCUUUUAACCUUUGCCGGACGACCUACGUGGUGGAGGCUUUCCUGCAAACUGCCUUCAACGAGAAGGGAAUGCGUGUCGCACGGACGAUGUCUGCAUCUGGAAGCCCUAAUGCAGUACAACCACCGACAAACGCCAAGGCGACACUGUUUGUUAACCCCGACCGAACUGUCUCCCUGAAUAUCUCCUUCGUGCCGCCACCACUCGGAAGUGCACCUACAAGCGGCGUCGCCGUAGAAAAUAUCACACUGAUUAUCACUUCGGAAACCAACUCUUCAUCGGAAAUAUGCCGGAAAGUCCUCAAAAGAAAUGAAAGUUUCGGCGACGCCAACCAGAACGCCGGGAUGAUGCAAGUGGGGCUGCCGCCUGUCUUCAAGCUGGGUGAAAUAUACAAGCUGACAAUGUACACCAACGAUGUUAAGGAGAAGUCAUCAGAAGCAAAAAUCACUAUGCCCACAUUCGAGCCCCGCAGCAUCGCAUCGGCCAAAAUCAAGUCCAUUUUGGCCACCACCAUCGAUUUUGAAUGGGGCGAGCCAAUCUUCCCUAUUGACGGUCUGCAGGGAUUUCUACUGCGGGGCAUCAACAGCAGUGGUGAAGCUACCGUGAAUAUGCAGUCGAACGCACGGAUGGGUAGCCUGUCGAACUUGAAGCCCUACACGAACUACAGCACUUCGAUAACCCCUACAUACUCAGAUGGCAGUAACUCAAAGUUAACCAAGGAUUUGGGCUUCGUGCUUACAUGGUCUGCAGCUCCAUCUCCACCAACACUCACAUCCGUCACCGUUUCCGGACCCGAAUCCAUUGUGCUCUCCUGGAAGGCACCGGAGACUACCAACGGCAUUCUAGAGGAAUACGACGCGCAGUGUUACAGACCUGGUAGCGACUGGCCCUCAGGUAGCCGGCGCGUGAAUGCCCAAACCCUCUCCACUGAGGUUACCCGUCUUGUCCCGAACACCUUAUAUGAGUGCGCCGUGAUUGCAUCUACACAGCAGAUCAGCUGGGGCCAGGGCGGCGGAAAGACAUCCUCAGCAAGGUCAUCCCCCAUAGGGACAUGGCCAGGAAGUACGCGCUAUUGCUUUGUUACCGUUACUUAUCAUCCACCAAAGACACAAAGGCAUUAG